AUGGAAAAAACGAAAACUAAUAUAGUCGUGUCCAGUUUUGAUCCCUUUUCUGGUGGGCUUAUAGAUUCAGCCAAUGGUUACAUAGAUCGAGUCAUCACUAUCACUGGGGCAACUGAGAACUGCUCAGAAGCUGAGGAAAAGAUCAGCGAGAAGAUGCAGCAGUGCUUUGAACAAGAUGCUGGUUCAUUUCAGUUUGGAGCUCAGCAGCAAAUGAUGUUCUCAGGGAUGCCAAGUCUUCCAUUGAUGUCAGGAUUAGGCCCCUAUCAAGGCAUGAGGCCUCCUGUGUCUUAUAUGGGAACUGCUUACUAUCCUGGAGCUUUCAACGGACCACCUGUUGUCCAGCAGCAGCCGGAAGUGGUUCAGUUGUAUAUUCCAGAGAAGUCUGUUGGGGCGGUCAUUGGAAGCAAAGGUCAAAAUAUUAAAAACAUCAUGCGCAUGUCUGGAGCUCGCAUCAAGAUCUUGGGAGCUAAUGAUAAAAAUGGCUCUGGAGAGAAUAAUCCAUUCAGUCAUUCUGGUGAUGAACGCAAAGCUGUGAUUUCUGGCUCACCUGAAGCUCAGUGGAAGGCUCAGUUCUAUAUUUUUGAGAAGGUGAAGAAUGAACUUCGACUUGCUGCCCAUGAUGAAGUUCACCUUAGAACAGAGAUUAUGGUGCCCAAACAGAGCAUUGGUCGAAUCAUUGGCAAAGGUGGUCAGAAUGUAAAAGAAAUGCAGCGUGUUAGUGGUGCCAUAGUACAACUGCCAAUGGAAGAGCAGGGUGAUGUCGAUGAAGUUCCCGUCACCAUCAUUGGUCAUUUUUACGCCACUCAGUCUGCUCAGCGCCGUGUGCGCUCCCUUAUGGACACAUUCUCUCGUGCUCAGCCUGCUCCACGUCGCACCAGACCCGGAGCACCACAGCAACCUGUAUAA